UUCGUCUAGCCGUCACUGCAUCUUCGCUGCUACUUCCUCUUCUCUCUUUCUUUCUUUCUCUUCUCAAUUCCUUUCAUUUACCCUUUUUUCUUUUUUUUUUUUGUUUCCUUCUCAGCUUCUGAAACUGGGUGCCCUUUUUCCACUUCAUGUUAUUAACUUUUUGUGUGAAAAAAGAUGGUAGCAGAGUCUUGGUUUCGCAGUCUUUGGAAAUUUCCGAGGAGGCAUAGGGGAGGCUCUGAGAAGGUUGAAAUUGGAGUAUUAACGUUUGAAGUUGCGAGCUUGAUGUCUAAGCUUGUGCAUCUAUGGCAGUCUCUGAGUGAUAAGCAGAUUAUCAGGUUGAGAGAGGAGAUCAUAAGUUCUGUGGGGAUUAAGAAGCUAGUAUCCGACGAUGAAGAUUACAUCGGAUGCUUGAUAUGUGCAGAAAUGAUUGAAAGUAUUACACAUGUGGCAAAGUCCCUGGCUAGGCUUGCAACGAAAUGUAGUGAUCCAGGUUUGAGGAGUUUUGAACUUUUCUUCGCUGAGUUGGUCCAGAUUGAUGCUGACCAUUAUGGUUGGAUUUUUUCGUUAAAGAAGAUGGACAAAAAAGUGAAGAAGAUGGAACGAUUCAUUUCGGUGAAUGCAUCUUUGUAUCAAGAGAUGCAAAUGCUUGCAGAUCUUGAGCAAACUCUAAGGAGAAUGAAAAGUGGUGAUACGAAGCCAGAGAAUUUAGUUGAUUUUCAGAAGAAGGUUAUGUGGAAGCAGCACGAAGUGAAGACCUUGCGGGAGAUGUCUCUUUGGAAUAGGACUUACGACUAUACAAUUCGCCUUUUGGCAAGAUCAAUAUUCACAAUAUUUGGUAGGAUCAAACAUGUCUUUGGAAUUGAACAAAAUGUAGAUGAUGGGGAUUCAAGGGUGACGAAUUCAUAUUUUAUGUAUCGCAGCCAAUCAGUUUCUACCUUAAUGCAAUCUUCAGUUCAUCCAACCGAGAAUACUAGCCUUACCAGAUUUUCUUCGGGUCCCUUAGGAAUGUUUAGCACUAAAUCAGGUCCAAUUCCAAAACCAAAUAAAACUAAUUAUUUUCAUUCUGGGCCUCUUGGUGGCUCAACCACAAAAACAGGCUCUAUUGUUGGAAAGAAUGGAAAUUUCAACUUCCAUUCAGGUCCGCUAGGGAGGUCUACAGCAAAGUCAGGACCACUUUUUGGAAUGGAUAAAAUCAGCAAGAAGAUUUGGCAGACUAACGGCCACCCAGCUGCUCCUAACGGAAAGCAACCACAUUUGAAAAGCAACAGAUUGACUCGAGUAGGACCUUUUAAAGGAUGCAUGAUAGCAGCUGAUGGUGCUACCAACAGAAAUUGUUAUAGGAGUUCAAAUGGCAUUCAUUCAGGAAUUCUUAAUGGAACCAAAGAUGGAAAUCCUAACCUUCCUGAAGAAGAUGCUGCUCAAACUAGUUCAUCAGCAUUCAAAUCUCAAUGCAGGUUGUUGGAUGCUCCACCUGAAACCCUUGGUGCUUCUGCUUUAGCCCUGCACUAUGCAAAUGUUAUCAUUGUAAUUGAGAAGUUAGCAGCAUCUCCUCACUCGAUUGGUCAUGAUGCUAGAGAUGAUUUGUACAACAUGUUGCCUGCAAGUAUGAGAACUGCACUAAGGGUAAGGCUAAAACCAUAUGCAAAGAGCUUAACUUCAUCGGUUUAUGAUACAGAGCUUGCAGGAGAAUGGACUGAGGCAAUGUCUGACAUAUUAGAGUGGUUAUCACCACUAGCUUAUAACAUGAUUAGAUGGCAAUCUGAGCGGAGUUUUGAACAGCAAAACUUUGUUUCCAGGACUAAUAUCCUUCUGGUUCAGACUCUGUACUUUGCAAAUCGAGAAAAAACUGAAGCAGCAAUUACUGAGAUUCUUGUUGGUCUGAAUUAUGUCUGGAGACUCGGUAGAGAUCUCAAUGCAAAGGCUCUGCAGGAAUGUGCAAGCAGUAGAAUCAUUAAUGAAUGUUUGGACCUAGAGAAAUAAAGUCAUUUGACCUCAGUUGGAGCAUCUCCGCGUAUGAAUGGCAUCAGGUUGAAUGUUGGCAAGAUUCCAUUUCAUGUCAGCAACAGAGGCUUCCCUGUUCUAUUCGCCAGCAUUGAUUGAAGAUGAAAGAAUGAUACAGCCUACUGUGAAAUACAGAAUAAAGCAUUCUUUGUGAGUCAGAGGUAUAGUUUAAGCUUCAAAAUAAUUUAUUUUAUACUUUUCCCGGGGGGGGGGGGGGGGAAGUGCUGGUGAUCUUUUCCUAGUUUUGAAGAUUGUUUCAGUAUUAUCUUAGUCAUAAUACCAUUUCUAGUUAAGCAGUCAUCAUGAAAUAUGUAUAAUACGAUAAUAUUUAGGGAUACCCUUUUAAAUUAGUUGUAUACUUACCGUAUAGGUUUAUUCAUAGAUUUAUAUGUUGCGCAUGCCUCUUGCCUGGGUGUGCUUUUAUCUAGCAGGCAAUGUUUGAUCUGACAAUAGAGAGUUUUUCACUCUUUGAUAACUGAAGCAGAUGUAAAUCAGGCCAGAAUCCGAGGUUGAACGUAACCUUUCUUAGAGGUGGGCUAUCAUCUUUAUGGCCAGCUAUGACAUUGCAGUGAGGUUGUUUGAAAUUGUUUUGGUAAAUGAUCUCGCAUGGUAUGUUUUGUUGAAUGUAAUGUUUGGCGAAGAGUAUUUAGCCGGAUUUUCCAUACAUGCCUAAUUUCUACGGGAUUGGAGAAAUCUUGCAGGCAUUUAGAAAUUUCAAUGAAUGGACUGAAACUGAUGUACAUGGUAGCUGAUAAACAUCUGGUUUUGGUUUCCCGAGUAGCGUAAUUGUAUUGCUUAAGAAAGAAAUGUGGUUAGAGCAUUUUGUUUUAGAUUCUUUCAAGCUUGAGAGCUUCUGUUGAUGUUUAUCAUCACCUCAAGUUGUCAUUUUUCCUGCAUAUGCAUUGUUUUUCCUAGAUACCAGUUGAUCAUAAUUUUGGUUCCUUAGAGCAGAGGCAACUGCCUCUCUUUUUUCUUUUCUUCAGUUCUUCAGAUGUGCGGUUAAGAAAGAUGAGAAAUGUUAAGAGUCUAAAAAGUAUUAGUCUGCAUAGUAUGAAUGUGAGACAUUAAUGUUAUGUUUGAUACGAGGAUGGAGAAAAAUAUUUAAUUUAAUGGCAGAGAUUUAUAACAGUAUAUGCUAUUCUGUUGAUUUU